AUGUCGAAGAGCUUCAAAGACCUAGUGAACAAUAGGCAGGAGGGUUCGGAUGACGGUACUCUUCAUGACGAUGAAGAGCCCUCUGUUAUGAUGUAUAUGCCCUCCGACGGCACCUUUGCCGAGGAGUCUUCCACUCUUUUCGAAGGGGAGGGCUCAUCUGCAAAGAGAAACAAACCUAGACAGACAAGCAUGUCUGAUCUGGCAAUGACUGCAUCAUUAAAACAAAUCCACUAUAACGAGAAUAGGGUUGCCUUGGAUCGUGCUAUCAACUCAACGAUCGAACUCUUGCAUGAGCUUUCUGCUGAAAACAGACUGAGGCCGAUCUUCUUCCCUACCGAGGAAAGUGCCUCCGAGAAUGCCUUGCUUAACUCGCCUCGAGCUCAUCUUGCGCUUGUGCGUAGGAAAACUGACCUCGAGGCUAAGACCUUGGGAAAGGCUAAAGUUGGCGAUCUAGAUGGCGUUGACUUGGCGGGUGAUGAAGAUCUCAAGGAAGUAAAGAUGGCUGACUUCAAGGUGCUCAAAUUGAAUUUAAAGAUGGGCCACUCGGGUGCCCACCUCAUGGAUAAUCUUGACAAAAAGUCUGUCUCGAUGCUUCUUGACCAGAAGUUUUCUCAGCAGAUAAAGUACUUGCUCAACCUCAAGGAUCGUGUUGAUGACACCUCCUCAAAAGUGUUUGUUACCGGAGAUUUAAAUGCUGGCAAGUCUACUUUUUGCAAUGCUCUUCUCAAAAGAAGAGUCCUUCCCGAGGAUCAACAGCCUUGCACGUCCGUGUUCUGUGAAGUGAUUGAUGCUGCAAAAGUGAACAGGAGCAUAGAGGAAGUCCACGCCGUGCCAAUUGGUAAAGAUUACGAUAGAUCCGAUGAAUUCACCUAUGAAAGACAUCCACUCAACAAGCUUGAGGACCUUGUUUACGAAUGUGACCAGUACAGUCUUUUGAAAGUAUACGUGCUUGAUUAUAGAAAGGCAGAAGAGAGCCUUUUGGGCAAUGGCUUAAACAUGGACUCAUAUCAAACAACUCAAGUCUUCUCUAGACAAGAAGAGAUUGACUUGGUCGUGUUUGUCGUGAACUCGGAAAACCAUUUCACACUUUCUGCAAAGGAGUUCAUCGCUACUGCUGCUGCUGAGAAGCGCUAUGUUUUCAUUGUCGUCAACCGCUUUGACAACAUCAAAGACAAGAACAAGUGUAUGUCUCGUAUCUUGGACCAGGUGAAGAACUUGUCCCCCUACACUCACAAGGAUGCGAAAGACUUUGUUCAUUUUGUGAGCUCUUCAGAGGUCCUCAAAGGAAUUCCUGAUGAUGGCGGUGAUGGUGGAGACGACGGUCCAGGUGACAAUGGUGGUCCCGAUUUUGAUGACCCCAACUUCGACCACCUUGAGAACUCGCUCAGAAAGUUCCUCCUCGACAAAAGAUCUAUUUCAAAGUUACUUCCUGCCAAGAGCUACAUUCUUAAUAUUCUCGCGGACCUUAAGACGCUCUCGGAUAUCAACGGCGAUAUCUACCGCAAAGAAAUUGAGAGGAAACAAAAUGAACUACGCACUAAGGUGGCUCCCAAGUAUGAUCAGAUGAUACAAGAUUCUGUUCAGAUGAAUGAUAAGAUCACUAAGCUAAUCGAAAAGACUUGUACCGCGGUCUACAACGCCACUAAAGGUGAAAUCUUAUCAACAGUGGACAAUUUCGGCUCAUCUCAAAUAGUUCCCUAUGGGGGCUUGCAAUUCGUCUACGAUUACGCUAAAGAGACUCAGCGUCGUAUGAUUGACACUAUUGUUUCCUCCGUCCAGGCCAGUGAGGGUAAAGCUAGAGCCUUGACUGAAAAAAGUGUUCAGGAGAUUGUGACGAUUGGACAAAGCACCCUUGGCGACGAAUUCUUAUCAGAUAAGGUCUUUAAGGCAGAUUUGAUGUUUACCAGGAGACGUGAUACCAUUAAAAGGCAGUUGGAUGAUCAGAUUGAAAUUUCCGACUUCUUCGACCCGUCAUUUAACUCAGUUCUCACCUGGAUUGGAAUACCAAGCGAAAUCAUCUCAACAACGAAGCAGCAAGUGGAGAUUCUAUCUCCUACUCAUAUCUUGACCACCAUACCCACAUCUGUUAACUCAUUGAAAAGGCAAUUGCCCACUCAGCUCACAUUACAGACAUUGUACUCUUCCACAAAGUUGCUUACAACUGGUGCCCUUCUUAGAAAGGCAUACAGCUUGUCUGGAUUGCUCAAACCAUCCGUGGCAAAGAAGGUCAUCUUACCUUUGGCUAUUUUCGUUGGUGGUUUUACUGUCGUGUAUCUCAUCAAUGAUAUCCCAAACGCUUUCCCAAGAAAACAAGCCAAGAAACUCAAGAAGCAGGUUCUCGAGAUGGACUAUGCUCAUGUUAAUGCUGAUAGGGUCUCCAAGGAAUGCAGGCAGGUGUUGAAUUUCCCAUCAAGGCAAGUGAUGAACAACUUCCAAACUAGCAUUGAUAGAAGAAGCGGAGAAAAGGAGAAGCUCGAGAAAGAAAUCAGGAACGCAGAGAUCAGCUCUGGUUACUUCAGAGAUUUGCUCGUGAAAAUCGAAAAGGAGUCCAAGUUUGUGUACGACAUCGAUCUUGAAAAGAUUCAUUCAGUCGACUAA